UUUCAAGAUGUGAUUUAAUCUAAUAGCGUUAGUAAAAUCAGAUUACUUUUUUUUAAAUUGUAAUUCAAUGAAUACUAAUAACUUGCUGAUUCUCUCACUAUUCAUUCAGCUCUACCAGCAGGUCAAAUUUUCUGCCUCCUAGACUUUGGUGAACUGUAUUUUUAUCUUGCAUCAACGUCAGACAAUUUGUCUCACCUUCCACUUCGGUUUAUUACCUGCAAAACGAAUGACAUAUCCAUCAGGCUCAGCAGUAACUUACAUUUAGAGCUAAUUCACAAUUACUAGCAUGCUCACACUGAACACAGCUGAUAGUCCAGCGUUUUAGGGGGAAAAAAACACCUGUAGAAUUCCUCCCUCCUUUAUGGUGUCUCUGAAACAAAAGCUUCAGCUGCCUUUGAGUGUCAUUCAGAGGUCAGAGAUACCAUACCUUCCAUGGUGAGAAACUGCUUAUUAACAAGUCUGGUGUCUGUAGUCAGCCAACACCACCUCUCCAGAGUGCUAUUCAUGAUUCAUGACACAUGCAUCACCUCACUUUUAACGCACACCUCAACACUGAUAACCAAACAGUACUUUGCUUUUUCUAUUUUCUAUUUUGGUCUCUUGCUUCUGUUGUUGUACUCUGGAGUAUCAUUUAGUCCUUCAGCACUCCUGAAACACUUCUAUUUACUGUUCUGAACUUAUGAGACACACAAACACACUCAAACCCUGUUAAGUCUAUUGUUCUGGUUUCAGAUGGCGAAGGGGAAGGGGAAGAGGAGGCCGGGGAAGGAGAAGAUUUAGCCCUAGAUGAUCUUUCUGCUGAAGUGAAUUUCCUGCUGUUAUGAGCAGACACACAGACUCUAUUGUUUUAAGUUUCUGGCAUUACCUGGUAAGAUUAUAAAAACUAACUGGUGUUUUUAUGGUGAGAAAAUGUUUGGUCUAGAGGAGCUUAUUGUUGUCUUCUCUUUCAUUUCUUUCUUUUCUCUGACAACAGAGGAGGAGGCCAAACCAAAAUUUAAGCCAUUUAUCAUGCCCAACCUCAUCCCUCCUAAGAUCCCAGAUGGAGAGAAGGUGGAUUUUGAUGAUAUACAUCGUAAAAGGAUGGAGAAGGACCUGAUGGAGCUUCAGACUUUGAUCGAGGUUCACUUUGAGAGCAGAAAGAAGGAAGAGGACGAGCUUGUUAAUCUCACAAACAGGAUUGAGAAGCGUCGGUCUGAGCGCGCGGAGCAGCAAAGAAUCCGCAGUGAGAGAGAUAAAGAACGACAGAAGCGUCUUGAGGAUGAGAGAACUCGUAAGGAGGAGGAAGAGGCCAAGAAGAGGGCCGAUGAUGAUGCUAAGAAGAAGAAGACCCUCACCAGUCUCCACUUUGGAGGCUACAUGCAGAAGCUGACGGAAAAACGAAGCGGUAAGAGGCAGACUGAGAGAGAGAAGAAGAAGAAGAUCCUGAGUGAUAGACGCAAAACUCUGGACAUAAACAACUUGAGCCAGGACAAACUCAAGGAGAAAGCUCAAGAGCUGUGGGAGUGGAUGUACGAGCUGGAGGCAGAAAAGUUUGAACUGCAGUAUGAAUUUGGCAGACAGAAAUAUGAGAUUAAUGUGCUGAGGAAUCGUGUCAGUGAUCAUCAGAAAACAUCCAAGAGGACCAAGAGAGGUCUGAGGAAAUAGAUGCCGACAUGCUGAAUGAGAAGUGAAGCCAUCAGCCCAGCCCUGCAGUUAAUACUUAAUCCAAGCCUUUGAUUUCCUACCACACCCCAAUCUCACCUCAUCAUCACAUCCUUUUGUUUCGCCCCAACUCAAAGCUUCAGUUUACUUUAGUGUCAAUAAAACUGUCUUUAUUCAACCAUU